GUGUUUGUGAGUAUUUGAUAAAAUUUUGUGCUCCAAAAGUUAUUCCAAAUCCAGUACAGCAAAAACAUUGAUUUUAAUAAAUUCGUCAAGAGUGGAGAUACCAACAGUUACGUUAGUAUGCAGUGUUGCCACUGAAAUUCACUCUGAUUCAUCCGAUAGUGAUUCUGAUGAUGAUGAGUUAGUGCUUGCUUAUUUACAAGAUAACCAAGGAGGAGAAAGAAUUGUAAGAAUAUACAAUUAUGUGGCAUUUACUGUCCUUCGAAUGUCGGAUAAAACAUUUAAAAGCCAUUUCAGAGUUGAAAGGAGCACUGUCGAUUAUUUAAUGAAUUUACUUGGGUCAGAUUUAUCCAUAGUAAUUGGUAAUCCUGGUAGAUCUCCUAUUCCUGUUUAUACUCAAAUCCUCAUAGCGCUUUGGAUGAUGGCCACUCCAGAUUCCUAUAGAUCUGUUUGCGAGCGCUUCGACAUAGGCAAGGCUACUGGCUGGAGAACCGUUUGGAAAUUUGUGAAAGCUUUGUAUAAAUAUUUACCAACAUUCAUCAAAUGGCCUAGCACUCAAGAAGCUCUAAUAACUGCAGCUUAUAUUGACAGACGAUAUGGAUUCCCCGGGGUGAUAGGAGCUGUUGAUGGAACUCAUAUUAACAUUCCAGCACCUCAUCUUAAUGCUCAAAAUUAUAUCAACAGGAAAGGAAGAUAUUCCAUACAAACUCAGGUUGUAUGCGAUCACACCCGAAAAUUUAUUCAUGUCCAUGCUGGUGAAGUCGGCUCGGUCCAUGAUGCAAGAGUUUUUCGACUUUCAGGAGUACAAAAUCUUUGUGUUCCAGCCAAUUUUCCUCAAGACACUCAUUUACUGGGUGAUCAAGCGUAUUCGUUACAACCUUGUGUAAUGGUACCUUAUAAAAAUAAUCGUCAUUUAACGAAUGCCGAACUUCAUUACAAUAGAGUUCAGUCAUCAGCACGCAUAAUAGUGGAACAAUCCAUUGGAUUACUGAAAGGGAGAUUUCGCAGUUUAUUGGACAAGUUACCUAUUAGACGAACAGACCUGAUACCUUAUUACAUCGUGGCAUGUUGCAUCUUGCAUAAUAUUUGUAUUUUGCAAGAUGAUUUGAUACAAUUUCCAAUAAUAAUUAACGGUAAUGUUGGAAAUGUACCUAAUGCACCUCCAAUGAUUAACAAUACUAUGCGAAGAGAUGGUAUGAGGAAAAGAGAAAGAAUAAAAAAUGCGCUUUAAAGAUUCAUGAUAUAAAAUUCUUUUUGUAUUCUCCUCUAUUAUUUAUUUGAAUAAAACCAUUUAUUUCGUUUUUGUAA